CAUCGCCGGAAGAGGUGCGGAGGCGGCUGAGGGAGUAUCUGGAUGCCAACCCGGGGGUCGGGAGCAAGGAAGAAUGGGGCAGGGGAAUCGGCUGGGACCAGAUGACUAUGGGGGGGAUGCCUUUUGCCGUGGGUAUUUUUCCUUCUCUUUCCGGUCUUGUUGAGAAAAUGCCGGUUCGGGGUUGAAAGGGGGGUGGCGGUGUGCUGACGCUGUGUGAGCGAGCGGUAGGAUAUGCUGGAGGAGGAUGAGGCCUUGAGGGGCAAAUACUUGAUGCUAGACCGCGUGGAUGUGCAUUGCACGUGGGUUUCCAGGGCGGUGCUGGACCUGCUGCCGGCGGAUCUGCCCGAGGAGGUGCCCGGGGGCGAGAUUGUGAGGACGCCCGGAAUGGGCGUGUUCUGUGACAACGCAAUGGACUUGGUCACCUCGCUAUGGCCUAAGCCAAGCAAGGAGCGGAGGAAGAAGUUUGUGGCGUCGGCCAUGAGGGAGCUGCACAAGGUCGGGCUCGUGGGCAUGCACGAUGCGGGCGUGGUGCCGGCUGACGUCGCAAUGUACGACGAGAUGAGUCGCACGGAGGACUGGACGCUCAGGGUGUACGCCAUGCUCGAAUGUCCGGAGAGGAACACGUUCUGCCCCGACGAGGCGGUCCAGGUGCAGCACCCCGACGGCAUGCUCUCGGUCAGGAGCGUCAAGCUGUUUGCCGACGGCGCCCUGGGAAGCUGGGGUAGCGCCAUGAUCGAGCCCUAUUCAGACCGCCCCGACACUUCGGGUUCGCUGCUGGUCAACGCCUCCACUCUCACUUCGCUCGCGCGGUCCUGGUCUGCAGCCGGCUUUCAAGUCAACAUCCACGCCAUCGGGGACCUCGCCAACCGCCUGGCCAUCGAUGCCCUCGAGGCAUCGCUCAAGGACCUCUGCCCCGACAGCCAAGACCUCGCGGCCUGCCAGUCCCGCCACCGCUUCCGCAUCGAGCACUCGCAGAUCAUCCACCCGGCCGACCAGCAGCGGUUGCACGCCAUCGGCAUCAUCCCUUCCAUCCAGCCCACCCACGCCACCUCGGACAUGGCCUACGCCGAGCUCCGUCUCGGCGAGGAGCGCACGCGCACUGAGGCCUACCGCAUGCGCUCCCUGCUGGACAUUAGCCCCGUCCUGGGCAGCGACUUCCCCGUGGAACCGCCGAACCCCUUGGAAGGUGUCUACGCCGCCGUAACGAGGAAAAGCCCGCACACGGGAAUGGGACCGCCGGGGUACGAGGACGGCUGGCACGUGGAAGAGGCGCUGACGGUGGAGCAGGCGCUGGAUGGGUUUACCAGGGGCGUGGCCAGGGGGGCGUUCAUGGAUGGGCAGGCAGGGGUCAUCGCCGAGGGGGCUUUUGCGGAUUGGAUUGUUUUGGAUGAGGACGUCAUGGCCGUUGAGGCAGAAGAGAUAAGGAGGUUGAGGGUGAGGGAGACGUGGGUAGGGGGGAAGAGGGUGUAUUCGAGGGAACAAGACUACUUGACGGGAGAACUGAAGGAGGAUCUAUAGGAGUGAU